CUGGACUGGUUCCGUCAGAGGGAGCGUCCCGGUUCAAGACUCCGCUCCGGUGCGUCUCAGCUCCAGUCCGCUGAAGCUCCGCGUCCCUCCGUCUGUGUCUGUCUGCAGCUGAAGCUCCGCUCAACGGCAACAUGCUGGGUUUCCUGAACACCAUCAUAAAGGUCGCGAGCAACAUCGAUCCUUCUCAGUUCAUCCCCUCCGACCCGCCUGCUCCUCGCCGGCCGCUGAACUUCGCCGAGGCUCACGAGAAUGACGAGGAGAAGCAGUUCCGGAGGGUUUUCCAGCAGCUGGCCGGAGACGACAUGGAGGUGAGCCCCACUGAGCUGAUGAACAUCCUCAACAAGAUCAUCUCCAAACAUGGAAGCCUGAAGACCGACGGCUUCAGCAUCGAGUCCUGCAGGAGCAUGGUGGCUGUCAUGGACAGCGACAGCACCGGCAAACUGGGCUUCCACGAGUUCAAGUAUCUGUGGAACAACAUCAAGAGAUGGCAGGGCGUCUACAUGUCCCAGGACGCCGACCAAUCAGGCGUGAUCUGCUCUCGGGAGCUGCCGCGAGCCUUCAAGGCUGCAGGUUUCCCGCUGAACGAUCAGCUCUACAAGCUGAUUAUCCGUCGCUAUAGCGAUGAGCACGGCGACAUGGACUUUGACAACUUCAUCGGCUGCCUGGUGCGACUGGACGCCAUGUGCAGAGCGUUCAAGACUCUGGAUUCAGACAACAGCGGCUCCAUCGAGCUCGACAUCAAGGAGUGGCUGCAGCUCACCAUGUAUUCGUGAAGACGGACGCUGCUGCACAGAAGAACCUCACCUCAACCCGCUUCGCUUCUGCUUUCGGAUGUUUGGUUCUGUCUGAAAGCCGACGGGACCAAACAGAAAACGGACCAAACGGCGCCGCUCUCGGACGUCUUCGUGUCGCUCGUUUAUUUCAUGAAACUUUACAUUUUUUUGAAACGCUUUGUUGGAAUUGACUCUAAAUGUUUGAAAGAAUAAAGAGACACGACUGACGGUC